AUGUCCACCAGUAAGCGUCAACGACCUGUCAGUCCUGGGGGAGAUGAUCUGGAUGAUGGACUGGAGUAUGCUGUUGACGAUGAGUUCGAUGCGGCCGACGCUUUGGCCACGGGUGAGGACGACGGUGAUGAUGUCGAGGCUUCGGAGACGCCAGACGCGGACGAUGCAAAGAAGCUCAAGAGGAAGAGGGAUAAGGAAAAGCGAGCAGUCAAGAAGAGAAUGAGGCUCGCUGAGGAUGCUGAGGCGGGACAGCCGUCGGUAGGGGUACUCGACCCACAAUUGCAGGCCGAUUUCGUGUCGAAGAAGAUCAAGGCGGCAUACCCUACCUUGUCGAGCAUUGAGCUUGACGAGAAGAUGAUCUCCGCGAAGGCCUUUGUUGAUACGGUGUUAUGGGGUGAGAAGCGGUCAUUGGAGACCUUGCAUACCUUCGUGCAGAAAUGCAUGUUUCGUUCCUUUGAAAUUCUUAGCGAGUCUUCUGAGAACAAUGGCUCCCCUCAUACAAUCUUCCUCGGCUCUGCAGCACUGCGUGUUGCUGAUCUUACCCGCGCUCUGAGAGUCUACAAGACGCCCACCUCUGGAGUCGCCAAGCUCUUCGCAAAACAUAUGAAACUUGGCGAGCACGUCAAGUUCGUCUCAGAAAACCGUAUUGGUUUCGGUGUCGGUACUCCAAAUCGUGUGCUGGCUCUGAUCCAGCAAGACGCACUGAAGGUUGACCAUGUGCAACGGAUAUUCAUCGAUGCCUCCUGGAAGGAUGCGAAGCAGCGUUCGAUCUGGGACAUGCAAGAGUGCUGGAAGGAUGUUGUCUCGAUUAUCUGUCACACCGAGAUUCUGGAGCGCUUGAAGGAGGGCAAGACCAAGAUUGUGUUCUUCUAG